UGGAGCACCAGGAAGAACAUCUUUGUCAGAAAAGCACAGACUUGAUGACGCUGUAAGGAAGAAGCGCCCCGGAAGAAAAAUGACUACAAUCGUCAGUAUGUCGGACUACAACACUACCCAGGCUCUGGCCGUUCCUGAGACGCACCAUGUCCGGACAGUCCAGCCGGGAGCGAACGGUACUAACGGCAGCUCGGGAUGUACGGAAGCAUAUCUCGGUCCGCAGUACUCUCUUGAAAUACAGGUUCUCCUGUCCAGUUUUCUCGCGCUGGUCAUUCUGCUGACCAUCGUGGGGAACAUACUGGUCAUCAGCACCGUGGCCCUCUUCCGGUCACUCCGCUCGCUCACCAACUACUUUGUGGUGUCACUAGCUGUGGCUGACCUGCUGGUCGGGGUUAUCGUCAUGACGCUGGGGACGCAGUACGAGGUGUCGGGAAGAUGGCGGCACGGAGAGAUCUUCUGUCUGAUCUUCACGUCCAUGGACAUCUCCCUCACCACAUGCUCCAUCAUGCACCUGUCCUGCAUCGCGUUCGACCGCUACUACGCCAUCUGCCACCCCUUCAAGUACCCCACCAAGAUGUCCCACCGCAAGAUGGUGCUGAUGAUCGCGAUGUGCUGGGUCGUGCCGGUCAUCAUGGCCUACGUCCCGAUCAUGAACCGCUGGAACACCAUCGGGAUCGAGCCUGUCGUGGAGGACACGAAAUGCGCACUGGGACCAGAAAGUUGCGUCUUCUUGGUAAACAAGGAGUUUUCCCUGAUAGCGUCGACACUGAGCUUCUACCUUCCCGCUGUGAUGAUGACUCUGGCUUAUUAUCAAGUUUACCGUGCGGCCAGGAGACAAAUGCAGCAGAUCAUCAGCCUAGAACGAUCCAUGAACAACAACGAGAACAUGCGGAGAGAGAAAAAAGCAGCCAAGACACUCGGCAUCAUCAUGGGCUGUUUCCUGGUGUGCUGGAUGCCUUUCUUUGUAGCGAAUAUAGUAGAACCGCUAUGCGGGUACUGUAUUACACGUUCUUGUGACUUGUGCUUAAAGUUUUUUCUGUGGUUGGGGUACAUAAACUCAACACUAAACCCCAUGAUUUAUGCGUUCUUCAAUCGAAGUUUUCGACGGGCCUUUAAGAGAAUCCUGUCGUGCUCGUCGUGUUGUGACUUGGACAACAGAGAUUUUGACCCUGCCGUGUCCACCGCACUACAACGAAGAACAAGCACACGGCACCAAAACGGCGAAGCGGUCAACAACACGUGAUCCUUGGAGAAUGACAACACAGGUGUUUAAACAGGAUGGGCUUGAAGAGCUUACUAUUCAAUGGGUAACAUUACAAGGGCUUCCCCAAUAUAGGGAAAAGGCGUCCUUUCAGAUAGAGUUUGGGUAAUCGUCGCGAGGAGUCAUAUUGUCUGCCAACAUAUUAUCAUGUAAUGUUAUAAUAUCUGAUUGGGGUGCAACAGCAAGAGGAUGUAAUAUAGGUCAGUAAAAUUCUGUACCAAAUGUAGCAUUUACCAGUCCAAACGAUUUCAAUGUGCUCCAAUAAGGUAUAGCGAUGCUAGUAUAUACUGCAGGCGGUGUUGUCGCGUAUGGGUCAAUCUGUGUCAAUGCAAGGUACCAACUUCUCCUAGCGGCACAAUGUUGUGUUGCAGCUACUUUCUCGCACUAUCAUCACCUUCAAGUUCACAGAUAACAGCACGUUAAUUAGAAGGAGUCGAUACAUAAAGAAAUGUUUUUGUAGCAUCAAAUGGUAACAAAAGGUAUUCUUACUUCAUAUAGGUGUCCAGCUUAUACGUGGAUGAUUAACUGGAAAGCAAUUUGCACAUGUAUAUAUGCAAAUAUCUUGCCAUGUGACUUGGUCAAAACAUGAAUGAGUCUUGACAAUAAGGUGUCCAGAUAUAGUAUGUAUUAUCAAUAUAUGAGGCAAGAAUCAACUAAUGAUGAUAACGAUGAAUAUACAGUUUACAUGGCGGGACCAUCGAUUGUACGUUAAUGUGUAUGUGGCGUCAGGCCUUGAUCCUAGCGGAAAUGAUGUUUGUAUCCUACAGUCGUGACUUGUAAGACGUAAGCGGCUAUAACGUCCGACAUGUACUCUCAGAAAUCCUGAAAUAUAACCAUGGCGUCGGAA